AUGUGCGAAGAGGAGGGUAUUUGUUGGAUAGCGGACCGAUGGGACUGCCGCGCGUGCCUGAGUCGUCGCCGCCUGUACCUGCGCCUGCGCAUACGCCUGUCCCGUGUGAUAGUGAGAACGAGCUACUGUGCGCCCACUCUGCGACGGUACCACCAUCACGCCCUGUCGCCGCUGCUCUGGAAACAUGUGCCGGCGCGAAUAACAGCUUGCCGGAUGUAA